CAUCAGUAAGGAGGAGGGGCUGCAUAGUGCACGUGACACAAAAGGGUAGCUAACAAAGCUGCAAAGGUGAACUAGACAAAGCAAGACUAUAUUGACGCUCUUUGGAUGCUUUCAAGAGCUACUGCAGUCGCCACAAGCUACUACAAUGGCAGACAGACUAAUACACAGUGAGGCCAAUAGUAGGAGGAUACAUAUAGUGGAGCAGAGCUUUGGUUCUAGUGGACUGAAACUGGUCAAGCCUGGUCGUGUGCUGGUAGGGGAGGGAGUACUCACUAAACUGUGUCGUAAGAAAGCCAAACUCCGUCAGUUUUAUCUCUUCAACGAUCUACUGGUCUAUGGAAAUAUUGUCCUGGAAAAGAAAAAGUUCAACAAGCAACAUGUAGUUCCACUGGAAGAUGUAAAACUACAGUCGUUGGAAAAUGAUAGCGAAUGGAAGAAUGGGUGGCAGCUCAUCACCCCCACCAAGUCCUUUGCUGUGUUUGCUGCCACUGCCACAGAGAAAGCAGAGUGGAUGGCACACAUCAACAAAUGCAUAGUGGACCUACUAGCAAGAACAAACAAGCAGCCUGCUAAAGAGCAUGCAGCUGUGUGGGUACCUGACUGUGAUGCCAACACUUGUAUGCACUGUCUCAAGACCAAGUUCACCCCCAUUAACAGAAGACAUCAUUGUCGCAAGUGUGGUGCGGUGGUGUGUGGGCCGUGCUCCAGUCGCAAGUUCCUCCUCCCGUACCAGGCCACCAAGCCCCUCAGAGUAUGCAUCUCCUGCUAUGAUGCUCUCAAUGCAGGGGAGGCUGAGAUGGAGAGAGGCGAGGGGUCAGAGUUUCCACCCUCCACUCUAGUGGGCCCUGACAACAGACAUGAUUAUGAGGCAAGUUAUAUAUUCCUUCAAUAUUCCGUACUUAUUCGAUUUAAAGUAAAUAUAUGACAUUUGAAUAUAAUAAUUAUUAUAGCACUGAGUAAGUUUUGCAACCGUAAUUAGAGUGUCGAAAAAUGCGAUAACUUAUGCUGCUACCAUCCCCAUGCCCUUACAUUGCUGCCCUGCCUCCUCUAUCUUCAGAUAGCCCCUGAUAAUUGGAACGACCCUCCUAGUGCUGAUGAGGAGGACGAGGAAUACUAUGCCAGUCCAGAGGAUACCACACGACGCUACGGCUCCUCAGAGGAAGGGGACGAUGAUGAUGAUGAACCAGAACUAACGCCGUCUCAGCCAGUUUUUUAUGAGCCAGUGUCACAAGAAUCGUCAUAGCAACACAGAACACUGACGUUAUAAACUAUGCAGCAAUCUUUUUUUAUAUUUUUUUGUGUGUAUAAUAAUAUAAUUAUAGUGGCAUGAAGUCUUUAAUAUGGAAAUGGUGUUGUGUGGAAA